CAUGUUCACGUGUUCCUGUAGACAUGGCUCAAGACCCUGUGACGGGGAAUCUGACCAUCGCCGCUUCGACUGCUCUCGCCACCGCCACCACCCCCAGUGGGACGACGGAAGCGGAGGCAGUGGUCAUCCCGGACCCUAUUUACGUGUCCAUUCUCAAGGGUCUCGUCAUGACGUCUAUCAUCUUGACCUCCAUAUUCGGCAAUCUCCUGGUCAUCAUUUCUGUCUCUCGGUUCCGGAAGCUCCGCAUCAUCACAAACUACUUCGUGGUCUCUCUGGCUUUUGCCGACAUGCUGGUCGCCCUCGUGGCCAUGGGGUUCAACGCAAGUGUUCAGAUCUCGGGGAGAUGGAUAUUUGGCUACCGCAUGUGUGAUGUCUGGAACUCGUUCGACGUGUAUUUUUGCACAGUCUCCAUUCUCCACUUGUGCUGCAUCAGUGUCGACCGAUACUUGGCGAUCGUGAAGCCCUUGGAUUACCAUAGAAUGAUGACUGGUAAGAAAGUGGCAAUCAUGCUGGCUCUUGCAUGGAUUCUUCCGGCUUUCAUCUCAUUCCUGCCGAUCUUCAUGGGAUGGUACACGACGAGCGAGCACCUGCAAGAACGCGCUGCUAAUGUCAAUAUGUGUGUAUUUGUCGUGAAUCAAGUGUAUGGGAUUAUCUCUUCCUCGGUGAGCUUCUGGAUCCCUACUGUGAUCAUGGUUUGCAUGUACGGACGGAUUUUCGUGGAAGCCGAUCGUCAAGAACGGAUGCUUUAUCGGAACAGUCUCUUCCUCACGGCCAUGGUCACCUUAGAUGGCCUUGCCGGUCAAGCCAUGAAGGGUCGCUCGUUGCACAAGAUGAAACGGGAGCAUAAGGCGGCCAAGACCCUGGGGAUCAUCAUGAGUGCUUUCAUCAUCUGCUGGCUCCCGUUCUUCACCUGGUACGUGACGAUGUCCCUGUGCGGCGUGGAGCACUGCCAGUGCCCCGACAUCGUCGUCGACGUCCUCUUCUGGAUCGGCUACUUCAAUUCCACUCUCAACCCCAUCAUCUACGCUUAUUUCAACGUGGAUUUCCGGCAGGCCUUCAAAAGGACUCUGGAGGACGUUUUCUGUUCCACGUGCUGUAAGGCAAGAUUCAGCUGUCGGGAUCCCUACGAAGUUUCCGCCGGUGGCGGCCCUCAUCCCCUGGGAAGGAGACGGAGUUCUUCGUGCGAGAAUCCAGCCAAAUUUUCCCGAAAAACCAGCUUCAUAGACAUGAAAGAAUUCUUGUCCGUUCACAACGGACUGAGCAGUAAAAAGAACUCUCCGUUGGGCGAGAAGCCGCCGACUCCAUCUCAAGAUCCGGAAUCCCAGAAUGCGGCGGCCUCCACCUCUCUA